GGCGGGCGGCGGCGGCGGCGGUGAACCCCGGCCGUCGCGCCACCUUCAUUGUGUGUGCACACACGGCGUUUGGCCUCGUUAUUCGCGUUCGCCCGGCGGUGUCGAGCGAGGGGGGUGUACCAUUGUUGUUGUUGUUAUCGUCGUCGUCGUCGUCGUCACCGUGUCGAGUAGUUCGAGCAGCGGCCACGACCGCGAGGUUUCACGGCAUUAUUGCAAAGGUCGUCGUAACACGUCGCCGUCGAGCCGGUGCGGGUCAUGCCGAAAAAGAAACCGAUACCGAUCGAAGACCUGGUGGUUCCGCCGCAGGACACCCGGAUAUGCGGCACGAUAUGCGUGUGCCAGAUGACGGCCGUGUUGAGCAGCGUGGCCAUAGUGUACCUGACGGUUGCCAUAUACAUGCCUACCAUGCGGGAGUUCAAGUCCGGCAUAUCGGAGGACCCGGUGGUGUGCACCACCACCAGGAACGUGUCGUCGCAAAAGUGCGACUGGAGCUCGUGCAGCGAAUGGUGCCUGAGCAAGCCGUCCGGUGGCUGCGCGCAGAUCUACGUCAACAUCCGGCAGAACGGGUCGGCGCUGCUGUUGCACAACUGUUCGCACGUCGUCAACAAGACGUGCUUCGGGUUCGACCCGGAGAACGCCAAGCGGUACACGUGCAUCCGGGACGAGUGCAAGACGCUGACCGGUACGUUCAACUGCACCGACGGCGUGUGCAUUAACAUCACGGACGCGUUCCGGUGCGAGUUCCGCAACACCGAGCCGCCGCUCAAGUGCAACGAGUAUCGGGGUAAGAUCACGUGCAUGUCCAUAGCGGGGCUAAACAGUUGCGCGCGGGGCGAGUGCAGCCGCAUCCUGGAGCCGUACAACUGCGACCGGAGGUGCGUGGACAUACCGACCAGGAACAAGAACGUGAUCGUGUUGAGCGGCGACCGGACGUUCUUGGCGCGGUGCGACGCGGCCGCCCACCUGCCCGGUUACAUGGACGGCGACCCGUUGCCGCGGGACGUCGACGACGGCGGCACCAGCGCCGGACGACAGCGGAUAUGGUCCGAGGAACAGGACGACGUGCUGAUAGCGUCGUGCAUGAGCGUGGUGCUGGGCGGGUCCGCCGGAGAUCUGCUGGCCACGGACUGCGUCAACGGGUCGCUACUGCGGCAGGACGUGCUCGCCGACUUCGCCAACUUCUCGCACCUGACCAACCUGAACGCGCAGAGCGACCGGCCCAUCGUAGCCGGCGACACGGUAGCGCCCCGCGAACACAAACUGCUCAUCGCCAAAGACAGCCACCUGCACAUCAACCUUGAGGGCUGCGUGAACACGCUCCGCGGCGAGUGCGACGUGUUCAUCCGACGGUACGGCAAGGACGGUUCCGACCACAACGCCCGCGCCAGGUUCCGAUGUUACUACGCCACCGACAUACCCGAGCUGGCCGUCGUUCGGUUCGACCUGGGCCGCACGUACAAGGAGUUCCUAGUGGCGUCCGUGGUGCCGGUAGUCAUGCUCGUCAUAUCCUGCCUUACGCUCAUCCUUUGCCAGCGGACCGUCGAGGUGGGUGACGACGCUAAGAUGCGAUUCAAGCGCAAGAACCUCAUGUUUCCACUGCACGACCGCGAACUGGAAGGCAUUGCGGGCCGCAGACCAUCGAGCGCCGACAUGGACAAUACGUCCCUCUGAGAUUCGCUACGCAUUCCCCUCUUACAAGAUAGCCCUACUCGUCAGCAACAGAUGUAUUCGUUGCCAGACUACUAGAGCUUAACAUUUCACCACGAUCCGGACAGCUUACAUUUAAAAAAUAAGCUUCUUACACAACACAGAUCUGGAUCGGUGAGGGGAACGCGUGAUUGUUAAAACAUUAAAAAAAUUGUUACUAGUGAGAUUAAAUUGUAUUCAUUCGUUUAAAUAUAAUUCAUUGCAUCUCGGAAAUUUCGCACAUAAAUAUAAAUUUGUGACUUGACACAUCUUUACUGCGUCGCUAAUUUUUGAAAAAUAUAUAUUUUUUUUAUACACUCGAUGCCUAUCUAUUUACACACGAUACUAUUAAAUAAUAAGCUUUAUGUAAUACUAUAUGUAUAUGUGCGACAAAACAAAUUUGCUGUACUUUAUAACAACAAUUAAAAAUCAAUAGCACCAAAAGUAUAAUUAAUUAUUGUACCUAUACAAAUAAUAUAAUAUAGGUGCGCAAUGCGCAUAUAUACCUUAUAUAUUAUAUAAUUUUAUAUUUUAAGAUACCGUUUUUAAAUAAUUAAUUGUUCAAUAUUAAGUUUAUACUAAUUGUAAUUUAUAAUUUUAUUGUUAUAUUAUAUACGUUAAAUAUUGUUUCAAUUAUGUAUACAAUAGUGCAUGUACGUCCAACAUGUAUACACGAGCAUUUUUAUCGGUAUAAGUAGAACGUAAUUAUAAGUAUUAGUUGUUACAUGUAUAGUUUUAAAACGAUGCGCUUAUAGAUCGAGAUUUUUAAAUCUACGUAUUGUAUAUUGUAUAUUGUAUUAUUUACGUUGUCAUUCUUUUAUAAAAAAAAAAAAAUCUCGCCCGUAUCAACAAAAUACUACGGUCUAGAAUAAUGUGUAUGCACCAAUUUCGCAUUCGAGAUUCAACACGCAAGCUAUGUAAUAAUAUUGUUAAUAAUGAUAUAAUGUCUUUUGACAUGUUUUAUAACUAACAACUAAUAUAAAAUUUACAUAUAUUUAAUAUAAUAUUAUAUGUACGCAUAAUUUCUAUUGCUUAACAAUAGUGAAAUCGACGUAAAUUAUACUUAUAAAUAUACAAGAUAAAUUAUUA